UCAAGAAGAAUUUCCAAUCCAUACCUUGAACAUGCUUCUUCCCAGAUUUACGGAGAGAAUUCUUCUUGUGCAGGAAGAGCGUUGAGGAAUAUUAUUAUCAUGCAGGCAGCCGACCUGGUAAAGGACAGAGUGAACCUUAAGGGGUUUUACAGAGCUAUGGCCAUAGGGGUCUGGCAGCUCCUAUUGGACAUGGGGAUCAUGUCAUCAGUGGACCAACACCUCUACUUUCAAGAUAAUUACGUUUUCUAUCAGUUUUCAUCUGAUGAAUGUAGCUACUUGUAUUGUGAAUUUGAAAGAGAAGAAGAAUGGCAAAAUGGUGUCAAACUUCUGCUACAGCUUGUGCCUCUCAUUCCUGCCAGAGCUGGCAUCUGUGAACUGUCUCAUCAGAAAAUUGAAGAUUCUGAAGAAAGCAGUGAUGAAAUCCUUGCUCGUCUAACAUCUGCGGUGCAGAGAGAACUAGCAGCUGUUAUUGCUUUGAAAGCAAAGAAGUCUGCACUUGAGCAAGAUGACGAAAACAAUGACAAACAUGUACCUGUAACAGAAGCUGAAGGUGUACCAAAUUCUCAGGCUGGUGUGAUGUGCAAGCUUCAAGAGAGAGAUGACAUUGGACGCAUUGAACUGGUCCAGAAGCUGGCAAGAGAAAACUGUCAGUUUUUGCAGACAGACAGAAAAGAAUCGGAGAAGUCUGAACACCAAGAUGAUGAAGUGACGACUCUGCAGGUUAAAGAGCAGGACCACACCAUCCUGGUGCUGAGGAAAGUGCAGGGCUGUGGCCCAGCCCCCGCCGCCGCCGUGAGCGCAGAGAGCGAUUGGAGAUACGUGGUGGUGUCCGGGACCCCGGAGAAGAUCUUGGAGCACCUUUUGAAUGACUUGCACCUGGAGGAAGUCCAGGACAAAGAAACAGAGACUCUCCUUGAUGAUUUUCUUCUCACGUACACUGUCUUCAUGACGACUGAUGACCUGUGCCAGGCGCUGUUAAGGCACUAUUCUGCUAAAAAGUAUCAAGGCAAAGAAGAAAAUUCAGAUGUUCCUUGUAGGAAACGUAAAGUCUUGCAUCUGGUUUCCCAGUGGAUUGCUCUGUACAAAGACUGGCUACAUGAGGAUGAACAUUCAAAAAUGUUUUUAAAGACCAUAUAUAGGAAUGUCCUGGAUGAUGUCUAUGAAUAUCCAAUACUUGAAAAAGAGUUAAAAGAAUUUCAAAAGAUACUUGGAAUGCAUCGUCGUCACACUGUAGAUGAAUAUUCACCACAAAGGAAGAAUAAAGCCCUUUUCCACCAAUUGAGUCUCAAGGAGAACUGGCUCCAGCACAGAGGAACUGUGACGGAAACAGAGGAAAUUUUUUGCCACGUGUAUAUAACUGAGCACUCCUAUGUCAGUGUGAAGGCAAAGGUUUCCAGUACAGCCCAGGAGAUCCUGAAGGUCGUAGCGGAAAAGAUCCAACAUGCAGAAGAGGAUCUAGCUCUGGUGGCCAUCAUGUUCUCUGGGGAAAAGCAUGAGCUUCAGUCAGAUGACUUAGCCAUCUCCAAAUCCUUUGAGGCAUCUGGUCGGAUAUUUGUCUACCGGAAAGACCUGGCGGACACAUUGAACCCUUUUGCAGAAAAUGAGGACUCACAGCAAAGGUCAGUGAGAAUUUUGGGAAUGAACACUUGGGAUCUUGCUCUGGAAUUGAUGAAUUUUGAUUGGAGUCUCUUCAAUUCAAUUCACGAGCAAGAGCUGAUCUACUUCACGUUCAGCAGACAGGGAAGCAGCGGGGAGCACACUGUGAACCUCAGCCUCCUGCUCCAGAGAUGCAAUGAAGUCCAACUCUGGGUGGCCACCGAGAUUCUGCUUUGCAGCCAGCUGGGCAAGCGGGUGCAGCUGGUGAAAAAAUUCAUCAAAAUCGCAGCUCACUGCAAAGCCCAGAGAAACCUGAAUUCUUUCUUUGCUAUCGUGAUGGGUCUCAACACUGCUUCUGUCGGCCGACUGUCACAGACCUGGGAGAAAAUCCCUGGCAAGUUUAAGAAACUUUUCUCUGAACUCGAAAGUUUAACAGAUCCUUCCUUAAAUCACAAAGCCUACAGAGAUGCAUUCAAAAAGAUGAAGCCGCCAAAAAUCCCUUUCAUGCCCUUAUUGCUUAAAGAUGUAACAUUUAUUCAUGAAGGAAAUAAAACGUUUUUGGAUAAUCUUGUCAACUUUGAAAAACUGCACAUGAUUGCAGACACCGUGCGAACCCUGAGACACUGCAGAACUAACCAGUUUGGAAGUGACAUGUCUCCAAAGGAGCACCGCGAGCUGAAGUCCUACGUUACCCACCUGUAUGUCAUGGACAGCCAGCAGGCCCUGUUCGAGCUCUCCCACAGGCUCGAGCCGCGGGCAUGAGCCUCCCCGCACCUCCUGUGACUGCUGCACUUCGAGCCACCGGAAGGUCUCUGCCCAGCGCGUUGCUUCCUGUGAGAAAAGAAGUUGCUGAGUUUUAUCAGUGCAUCGCAAGACGUGCACAGGAAAGGCAGCCAGAGUGUGUUCAGGAAGUGAUGUCAGCCACCAGGGAUGGGAGGGGCCCCUCCACGACGCUCUUGGAGCGAGAAGGCAGAAAGAGCCGGCAGCGUUCUUGGAACAGAGAGGCCUGGUUUCUUAUCAUCACGUUGUUGAUCCUGUGCAGGUUUCAGUUGCGAUGUGCCAGCUCUGACAGGAGAAAGCAGCCUGACACACAGUGAACAGAUAUUUCAGUAUGAGCGUGGCUGCAGCAGGAAGACAGAUUCCUGCCUUUUGGCCAUCAGAGGACUGGGAACUCCCAAAGACAGGGAGGGCAUCUCUAGAUCUCCAGGCAAGGGAACUCUCUCUCCAUCCGAACUCUUGACACCACAAAAACCAUGUGAGUCUGGGGAGUUGAGGACUAGUAACUGGCAGUCUUGCCGCACUGUGCGGACUUGAAAUGUCAAGGCACACACUUCUCUGCAUCCACAAUCGCUUACAAUGUAUGCUUGCAGGUGAAGUUAGCGUCUCUGCAGCUGAUCUGCUUCUAUAGGCAAGGUAGCCAUAGUUGCUUUGCCAAUAAGGAACAAUAGUAGUCUUUAAGCAGUCAACUCAUUUAAUUCUUAUGGAUUUUCUUUUAUGUAUGUGAGCACACUCUUAUUUUUCCACUGGGCAUAAUAUGAUUUUCUGUAAAGGCACAGUACCUAAUACACUGUGGGCUCUCUGAAACCACUCGUGGAAAUGAGAAUCACAGAUCUUUGUGUUCUGUGUUAGAUGAUGCCCUAGUAAUUUGCAGCCCUCAGGCAGGCACCCUGCCCACUGGAUGGAGAGCAGCCAGGUGAGGGAGAGAUUGCGUGUGUGAGGCGCUUAACAGUAACAAGCGCGAGAUCAUAGGAGAGUGGGGAUUACCAGUGUCAGGGCAGGUGAAAGUGCCCAGAAAUACCCAGACAUCUGACUUACAUCGGAGAGUCCUCUGGAGGCCUGUAGUCUGCUUCCUAUGCAAAGCAGAAAGUCUUGGUGUAAUUCACCUUCUUGCUAUUUGCCUCAAAGUCUCAGUUUUCUAAGUCUUUCUUAUUCCCAUUUUUACAAGUUGAGCCUCCUAUAGCAAGUAAGACUUCUUGGUCUUCUCACAGACUGGGUAGAGGGUUUCCCUCAGCCCUCAGAUGAACAAAAGAGGCUGUGAUUUAAAAUAAUCCAGUCCUUCCUGCUAGCUAAGUACUUGUCACUGUCUAAAAUGCAAGGUCCUGCUCCUCUCUAAAAUGCAGUCCUUCGGUUUGUAGCCAUGUGAACCAUGCUGUGCUUCUCACCUUUCCUGCUCAUUGGUUUGGUGGAUAGGAACCCGUGCAGACCUGUUUCCUUUCUGUCUCAUUAGCACCUCAUUCAUCCUCCUUACUGCGGCGUAUCCAUGGCUUCUGACACCUUUCCCGCGGUGCUGACUCUGGGCUCAGGGACCACAGUGAGCUUGAGACACUGCUGGAACGAGCCAUGUGGAAAGCAUUUCUGAUGGGACUUUGCAGAGAGACUCCGUCUGGCUCAGCACAUAAAACUUCAUCCCUGAAAGUGUGUAGGGUUCUAAAGGAACCCUCCAUCCACAGCUGGUCCACUCAGAGAAAUGCUUCGUACCAUUGGUAAUAGAAUGAGGCCUGUUGGAGGAGGACAGAGCCGUAGAAUCAGGAAAGAGACUUUCCUGAUGGCCGGUCGAGCUCUCAGAAAGCCCUCCCCUUGGCAGUUACUGAGAAUAGCAUAGGCUUACAGCACAGGCGCCUGUGUGUGUCUUUUCUUCAAGCUAGUGAUCAGGGUUGCACUGGUGCAAUCACAUAAGGCCGUUUUGACAUCAUCUGUGUUUUACAAUUUAUUUAUUUAUGUUAGAUAUGCAUUGCCUCAAGUACAGCAUUGCCUUUAAAGGACUAAUUUUGAAUGGAAAUCUAUUUAAGGUGAGCACAUGAUGCUCAGACCCCAGUUCAGAUAUGUAAACUUGGCCCCCACAAAGCCACUUGUACAUUGUGCUUGAACACAUUUUGGGUGGCUCUUAGUGUGUCCUGCAGUGCAUUAAGUGGACAGGGGCUGGGAGAAAGUGGUGCUUGUUGACCUUUUGCUUGAGAGUAAAGGGAAGGGAGGAUUUUGUUUGUUUUAGAUUUGCUUUACCAUCCGUGUCUUCUGAACAUCUCAAACCUUUCAGCUUUUCUGAAACUUAACAACUCUUUCUAGAGAUUUCUGAGACAGAAUUUUGCUACACAGAAAGUUCUUGCUGAGGUCCCCCAGCUGUCUGUCAGUGAACAGGCCAGGGCUGGGCCUGUGCAUGCCUUGCUGGUCAGGAUGGGCCCAUUCCCUCUCCAGAUGCUCCCCAAGGCCUCUUCAGAAUCCACUUGAUUCUGACUAGAAGGGUAGACUGGGACAUGUCUAACCCCUUUCCCCACUAGCCUUUGGAAUUUUUAUAGUUGCAGCAAAUCUCCAUGCACAGACACUUUCACAUGGGUCUUUCUGUUAUAGCACAAUUCUCCAGUAAGUCCUGUGGCCUUUGGAUGCAUUGGCAUCGCAGGAAGCCAGCCCUGCCUAGAAGUUAGUGCGGGAUGGUAGAACACACAUUCCUGUUGACAAAAUUGCAACCUUUCCUUUUUUCCCCCAAUUAUUGUGUACACAUUUGCAGAUGUUCCAUAGACUACAUGUUUUAAAUUCUCUGUCAUGGGCUAUAUAAUUGCCAAAUGGUUAUAGUGAUGCAUAUUAUAACCUACAAUCACUUUUUUUCUAGUAUCCUUAAUUAUGUUUAGAAUAAAUUCAUUUUGCUAGACCAGUAUCCUCAAGCAGAUAGUGUGCACGUACAUGGAAUUUAGAAGCAUGAGAAGAAAGUGAGCACCGCAUGUCCGUGUGGGGAAGAAACAGAUGCAUGGGAGAGAGAAUGCUGGAGACGACUCCUGGCCCCUGGAGCUGGCCUUUCACGGCUGCCGGAAUCCCAGCCCUGCCGUUUUGCUGUGGCCAACAAACACAUACACUGCAAACCCAGAACUAUAUGGCACAACCAGUCCAAGCUUUUCAGAAACUGGGCAAAAAUAUUAAAAUUUGGAAGAUCGAGUCAACUGUAGUUGUCCGACACAAGAUUUAAUCUUAAUGCUUCACAGACAUAUUCUUAAAAUUUCAGCCUGCUUAUUAGUGAGCAAGGCCAGGUCUGCUCUUAGAAGAAAAAAAGUUUUUUAAAAUUGCCAAAAAGUUAGAUGAAAAUGUACUACUGUAUAAAGCAAAGCUGUAUAUACUAAACAUUUUUUAGCAGAGUAAUAUUUAUUUGCAUAGCCUAUUUAUUGUAUUCAUAUUAUACUGUUAUUAAAUAUUGGGAUGAAGUUGAUGACCAGAGGCAAGGAAUCUUGCCUUUUAAUGUACCAUCACUUAGGACUGCUGUGACAUUUUUGGCUUGCGUUAAACAUUAGAAGAUAGAAAACCCACAAUUGGGGUGUCUACCUAACUUCUCAGGGACUACACUUCACAGUUGUCAGCCAUUAUAAGACCUGGUAAAUAUGAAACGUUUGUUGAAUUACCAGAAUUGCCAUUGACAGUGUUUCGUUUCUCAUAGUUCAUGCUUUCUGCCUCUGUAUAUAUGACCCUGCUAUGUAUUUAUCAAAGCUAGUAAGCAAUAAUUUAUAUGUAAAAAUGGCCAAGCAAUAUAAGGUUAAUACUUAUAUAAGUAACUGUUACUUUAUCUUGUAUUUUCCAGUGUUUUUUA